UCCUUUUGGAGAUUUUAAGGGGCCUACAAGAAACGAAAACAAAGCAUGUAGCGGCUUUGCUACGUAUUUAUUUUUACCCAUAUACAGUACAUCGAAUGCAGGUGCAGCUUAACAAUAUUAGAGGUAGAUUAUCAGUUUUUAUAUUGAUCUUGCAGAUGUGAGUCACAGAAUGCAGCUGUCGGAUGCGGACUUCGCUAAGGGAUCGUCUUAAAAUGCGUGCAAGGAAAUAAACGUUGAGCUGCAGCAGAAUGCAGUGAAACCAGAAGGAUGUCUUCAGCAAAGAGCCACCAUGCGCUGCGUGUCCUGUCCUCCCUGAACCAGCAGAGGGCAGUAGGGAGGUUUUGCGAUGCAGUGUUACAUGCGGGAGAUGGGGCGGUCUACUUGGCACAUCGCAACAUCCUCGCUUGUUUCAGUGAACGGUUCCAACACUCCAACAUGCCCACUCCUCCGUGCGGGGAGGUCUUCCUGCAGGAAUGUCCCAACGACGGCCUGGAGCUGCUCCUGAACUUUGUCUACACCGGAGAGCUCAUGUUGGACCCUGACAACCUCGAGAAGGUGCAGGACGCAGCGGUCAGCCUCCGUGUGCCAGAAGCACUCGCGCUCUGCAAGCAGUUCAAGGAAAAGUCCGCGGGUCCUGUGCCUCUGAGGCGCAAAAGAGGCAGGCCUAGAAAGUCAACGCCAGAUACGACCCCUUGUGGUUCAUCCAAAGAAGAGAACUCGCUGACUGUCACAAAAGAUGAGUCCCGCUUUAAUACUGCCACAGUCAACUGUAGCAUGGACGCCGCCACCACCUCCACCACCACCACCACCUCCACCUCCACCUCCACCCCCACCCCCACCACCACACGCUUUGGUCGUGUGGUGAAGGGCCCCAGGCGACUGGUGACUGUCGAGGGCACCACUGAGGAUUGUGCAGCCCCUGAGAAGAUCUGCAAGAAGCAUCAGCCUGUUGCCAUGAAGACCGAACGUGACGAUGAUGUUGAGGUCCCAGAUCAGCCAGCUGGUGAGACUGAGAUAACGGACUUGCAGAUUGACAUGAACGACAGCGCCGUCGGCCAGGUGCCGGAGGGAGAAGAAGAAGAAGACGACGACGAAGAGGACGACGUGGGGGAACUCGGGGGGAUCGCCGAAGACACAGACGAGGAGUACGUGCCCGCUGAGGAGCCCGCUUCCUCGGUCCCGUCGACAUCGGCGGGACCGAGGAAGCGCAAAGCCCAGAGUGGAACCGGCCACUUGUUGGAGGAGGACUCCAAGAAGGACUCUGUGCAGUGUCCCAUCUGCGACAAAUCCUUCAAGAGCAAAUACUAUCUCAAGGUCCACAACAGGCGGCACACUGGGGAGAGGCCCUUUGGGUGCCUCAAAUGUGGAAAGAGGUACUUCAGGAAGGAGAAUCUUCUGCUGCACGAGAGCCGAGACUGUGCUAAAGUACAGACGCACACCUGCGUCACGUGCUCCUCAACGUUCGAUGGAAAAGAAGAGCUCCGCCUGCACGUCGUGUCUCACACAGGAAAUAUGCCCCACAAGUGUUCAAUAUGCCCUGAACAGUUUAUACACAAGAAAAACUUGACAAGUCACAUGAUGAAGGUCCAUGGAUAUCCCAAACCCCAUGCAUGUUCCCAGUGCCCCAAAACCUUCUUAACCCGCACAGAGCUGCGUGUGCACGAAGCAGCCAAACAUCGAGGCGAGAAACCAUUUGUGUGCGAGGAGUGUGGCCAUCGAGCAUCAAGUCGAAACGGCCUGAAGAUGCAUAUCAAAGCCAUCCACAGAAACGAGCGUCCUUUUGUAUGCGACGUGUGUGACCAUGCGUUCUCCCAGAAGAACAACCUGAACAUGCAUUUGCGUAUCCACAGUGGCGAGAAGCCCUACCAGUGUCAUAUGUGCGGCAAAACCUUCAGGACGCAAGCCAGCCUGGACAAACACCACCGGACGCACACUGGCGAGCGUCCCUUCAGCUGCGACGUUUGCGAGCAGCGCUUCACGGAGAAAGGCGCCCUCAUCCGCCACAAGGCCAGCAAGCACGAGGAGGGCCGCCCCCACUGCUGUCACAUAUGCGGCAAGACCUUCAAAGCGAGGGAGCAACUUCGUGUCCACCUGCGGCGCCACAAGGGCAUGAGGAAGUUCGAGUGCAUCGACUGCGGCUACAAGUUCACUCGACAGGCCCACUUGCGACGACAUAUUCAAAUCCACAAACGCACGGAGAACUACAACCCCCGGCAGAGAAAACUGAGGAACGUCAUAGUGAAGGAAACGGCCGGCGAGAACCAAGCGGGGGAAGCAGGGCCCGACCCUGCCGACACAGCGACGGAGUCAGGCGGCGCCGUCACGGUGGAGAAAGAGCAGGAGCAGGAGGAACAGGAGCAGGAGGAGGAGGAGCAGGAGCAGGAGGCGGCGGUCUCCAACCAGAGCCUGGGACGUGCCGAGGCCGCAGAGACGUCCGGGUCCGCCGUGGCUUUGGGGGGAAAUGGUGGAGAGUGGACCAGAGACUGAGACCCGAGGACUGAGAGCGCGUGGAAGAAGCGACGGCGAGGACCACGUCCUCAGUGAGAAGGUCAGCUUUGGGGCCGUGUAGGAGGAAUCAUUCUCAUGCUUUUGGAGGUUAAAUGGACUGCAUGCGAGUGAAGGAUGUUUAAAUGGGAAACUGUGUCCGUUAUGGCUUCUUUGAUUAAGCCCCCAUUUAUCAAUAUGCCUUGUGCAGCUAGACUCUGGUAAAGUAAAUAAUAAUAAACUGUUCUUGAUGCAGCUCAGUUUGCUGGUUACAGUUUACUGAAUAUUUGGGGAAAUACGCGUGUUUUUUAACUUAAGAAGGACAUCAAAGUCUCAAUUGGAAUAAAGCCGCUACACAAGUUAUGAUUUUAUUUGUUAAAAUAUACACACACACACACACACACACCCUAAUGUGUACGCAUUAGCUUCCUCUGGCUAUUUCUAAAAAUAUUUUCACACUCUGCUGCAACCACCAUCAAUUUUUAAGACCAAAUUCUUCAACCUACUAUUUAAACUCCUCAAUGUUGAGUGAGUUUAAUUUAUAGUAACUAC